AUGAGAUGUUCGUGUUCUGGUACUGGUGGGGAAACAGGCGCGUUGUUGGCGAAGGUGACAUUGACAUGCGAGUUUGACGGCAAUGUGGUGGAUAUGGUGGAUGCCUUUGAGCCGAUUGAGGCCUGGGACACAGCGACCGAUAUGAUGCAAGCGGGUUUCCAGUAUCUUCAGGAAGCCCCCGAUCUGGCAAUCGGGUUGCCCGCUGAGGAGCACGUGGUGCCGUUGGAUGAGGAACUGGAGGCGGUGCGCAAUGAGUAUAGGGCCAACGACACCAUCCGUACUUUCAUCUUUAUAACACUAGCGGAAUGUCUUCAUGCCAUGUCCCAAGUGAUAGAAGAACAUCCAGAGACAUGCGGUGUUUCAGAAGACUUAGGGGAGCGCAUCUGUGAGUGGGUGGACACUUACCGGAACAGUUUUCCGGACGAGACAGCAUCAAAACUCUUGAUAUUUCCUUCGACGAAGGCUACUCGAAUUCAAGACCUCAAGUUCAUUCUUCUAUAUCUGUCCCGAAUCCCCGGGAUAACUGAGGGACUGAAGACCAUCACGAUACCAACCUUACAGCAGUGCAAUUUGGAUGAGAUCUCCGCCGAACCGUGGCACGAAGCCGCCGCCGUACUGGAUGACCAAAAUGAGAGCAUAUGUGACCCAGAGAACGACAUAGCUUUGCAGUGCCAAGGAACGAUGCUCUGGGACACGUACCAACAGACGCUGGGGGAGCUGGCAGUGAAGUACGCGGUGGGGCCGCGUUAA